GGCUCUGAGCAAAGCAACAAGAAGGAAGAGCAAUGGCGACACUGGAUCGCCAAAUACCAAGUCCGGAUACCUUCCUUUGCAAACCCUGGUCCUCGUUCGUCAGUGCGGCUAAACUGCGUGUUGUUGACAACGGAGUGUCGUCCUCGGAAAACAGCCACGACAGGGAGCCCUGCCGCCCCGGGGAAGCCGUGAAGCUCGGCAGGGAAGAGAUGCUUGUCUACAGCCGUUUCCCAGCACUGGAGGAUUUUUGUCUCGUUGUCUGCCAUGUCUGCAGUAAGGUGGUCACUCCUCAGGGUAUCCUCACACACUAUGAGAAGCGACACAGCUCCCCGGUCCCCUCCAGGAGCUCCUUGGUUCCCAUGAAGCCAAAAGCACCUGCAGUGGCCCCCGCUGUGGCUCCAAGCUCUGGGGACACGCUGGCAUUCAGGGUCCCCAAAGACUACCCUCACUCCCGCUUCAGCAAGGCACCGCUCGCUGUUUACCCACCAAAGGGGGCUCGGAACAAGACAUGCGUGUCACUACCAGUCGUAAGCCUGGAGAAAAUGCCCUGCCUCAGCCGCCCGGACUCGGCGUCGCAUUUGCGCCUCACCUCCUCCUCCUCCUCCUCCUCCUCCUCUUCCCCGUCUCCACUCAAAGCUUCCUCCCUCACUCCCCCGACCUCCCAGCGCUCCGGCGAAAAGCUCACCAACGGUCGCGGCAGCAGCGGGCCGUCCACGCCCCGCUCCAUCACGCCUCCGUCCUCCCUGGACAGGCGGCCCAGUCCGGCCCGCUCCCCGCUGGACAGACGGAUGUCAUCCACUCCAUCUCCUUCCCCGCUGGAUCGGAAGUCCUCCCUGUCCCCUUCGCCCGCUCACCGAACUGUUGCUCUGCCAGCGUUGUCAUCGCUUUCGCCGAUGGACAAGAAGCAGCAGCAGCAGCAGAAUGGGACGAAGACGACCGCCAGGUCGCACAAGAGACUCUCAGGGAGAGUGUUUGAUCCGAACAAGCACUGUGGAGUGCAGGACCCCGAGACUAAACGCUCAUGUACACGGUCUCUCACCUGCAAGACUCACUCUUUAACCCAGCGGCGAGCCGUCCCCGGGAGAAAGAAACAUUUCGACAUCCUCCUGGCUGAACACAAGGGGCAGGCAAAGGAGAGGGAAGCUUUGAAAGCGAAGGAGAAAGAGAAGGAUGCAGUGCAGGGGGUGAAGGAAGCUGGUAGCCAGAGUGUCACUUCUCAAGAUACCACGAGUCCCAGCAAGUCUCACGUCCCCAACGGACGACCCCUAUCCACGCUGAAGCUACGGCUGGCAAAUGCACACAUACCAAGGGUUCUAGGAAGCUCCUCCUCCACUUCCACUUCCAGUUCUCUGCUUCCAGCAACUCCUCCUGCUCUACCCGCCAGCUCGGAGCCGUCUCCCCACAACUGGACUGCGGCGGCGGGAGACGGCAGCAGACUUUCCAGUGACGACGGGGACGCAGAGACUCCUGAGGACACUGACAGACCUGCCUUGCACUUCUCCAGUCACCACCCUCAGCCAUUAGGGUUUUGCGUCUUCAGCAGCAGGCUCAUGGGCCGGGGCUACUACGUGUUUGACAGGCGAUGGGACAGGAUGAGGCUGGCGCUCCAGAACAUGGUGGAGAAACACCUCAACGCACAGAUGUGGAGGAAGGUGCCUCUGGCUGCUGACAGCCAGUCGUCCCUCUCCCCGUCUGGUACCUCCUCAGCUACUGCCCUACAGACGCCUCCUCCCACUUCCCUCACCUCCCCUCUCGUCACCUCCCCCUCCAGCUCUCUCUCCUACACUGCCACAUUUUCUCAGUCUGCAUCCACUGUCGGGAUGUUCGGCAUGAGAGACUCCCCACAACCCCACAACCAGGUUUUCACGCUGGGAAAAGCCCGAAACAGCACGCAUAAAACCAGUCGCCCAUCCAAAGAGACAGAGGACCCUGCGGUGGCAGCCAAGAAGAAAAAAAACUCUUCCCACGCUUCCUUUUCGCCGUCUUCCUCAUUUCAGACGGUAGAUAAUAACAAGAGGAACUUCAGCAGCUUUCACUCAACAUUGCAAAGCUCGGGAGUGAUGGCUGCCUCCACCAAUAAGAAAAAGCGACACGGUCGCGGGGAUGGUGGUCCUUUGAGCAGCUCGGACGACUGGCUAUCAAGAGCUGACGGGCCUCACAGUAACUCACAGAACAGUCGUGAUCUUAGCACCAGCAGCUUACCCUACUCCCACCGGGAACUGUCCUCAGCCCCUCACAAACCUAUGGCUCCCCCCACGGGACCCUUAGCUUAUGGAGGAGGAGCCGAGGGGAGGAAGAGGAGGAGUCCCAGCUCUUAUAAAGGGAAGUCCAGCAAACUGAGCAGGCCGAGCAGUUUAGAGAGCCUCUUUGGGAAAGGAAAUGACAGCGGGGGAAUGCUUACUUCAGGGCCCGAGUCACCUAUACAGGCCAAGUUUCACCACUGACAAGAACCUGAUUCAUGGACAGAAUGUCGGGCAGCUGUGCAGGCCACCACCGUUUGUGACCUUUGACCUCACCACUCUUCCAGUGACAGCACCAAUCAGACUGCCUCAUCCCGCCGAUGUCUGGGCCGUUUGUCCAGCGAGAGCUCCGCUCACCCACUGUGACAUCGGGGCCUUGCCCACAGUUUGGCCGGCAGUUACUUCCGCUUCCUGUCUCUCAUUGUGGAUCCUUUUGUCGGAGAGCUGCUCUGCUUCACUAUGGUCCCGGUCUUCACAGAAUAUAAAAAAAAAAACAAGAAAGAAAACUGUCCUCUGAAAGGGAAUCUGUCUCUAAUGUACCAGGCGUUGUUGAUGACACCUCCAGUGUGGAAUUCUGGGAGCCUAUUUCCGGUCUACUGGAACAUGGAGACAUCUGUGAUUAUUUCCAAGCAAUUGAUGGUUAAAGGACCUACCGACACGACUACUGUAGGACUUGACCUGCGCCACCUCAUUGCCCCCUCCGCUCUGCUCUCCGGCUCUCUCCUCUUUUGGCCUUUUUUCACUUGGUCAAAGAGGGUGAGAGAUAACGGCGGGUUUGGCUGGGUUUUAUCCAGCCGUCUCCCUGUUUCGGCCUCUUUCUUAAUUUCUUUGUACACCAAACAUCUUUGUCAUUUCUCUCCAUCUCACAUCUGCCCCGUAUUCCCCGUCCAUCCCAGCAUGCCUGUGUUCAAAGUGCACUUAUGUCCCUCAGUUCCCCCCCGCUUCCUCCUUCACUGACUCCACACCUGUCGGUAGCAGUGCCACGCAAAAGACCCGCUCACACAAAGGAAGAAAAGAACAUUUUGUUAUCAAUGAUUCUGCGUCAAUGCAUUGUAUUUCAUUAUAGGAUGAAGUCUGACUUUAUUAAGAUUGUUUUGUGUUUUUCUCUGUUCCCGUUCGGAUUGUGUGAGAAACACAAGCUCUUGGACUAGCAUCCAAAAUGGAAUUAUUACUUUGGUUUUUGGAUUGCUUUUUGUUUUUUUUGUAUGAUAAUUUAUCAUUCUUAAAUAAUGUUUAUCUAACUGACCAUUAAGGUUUGAGCUACAGAGACUUUUUCAGCAAAAUAGUUUAAAUAAUUUCUAUGGCAUUUUGGAGAAAUGUUGAAAGUAUUAUUAUAGUUCUUGUGUACAUAUCUGUCAUUAUUUUUAUAUUUAUUAAUAAUUGUCCCCUUUUACUAAAUAUGAAGUAAAAGAGGCGUAUUAUCCCUUCUACCUUGGUCUGUGUUUAAGAAUGAUGAUGAGAAUGGCCUGGUUUCUCAACACGUUCAGCAAUUUGUUCAGUAGCAAUUUAACGCCAGGUCGUAACGCGCACAGAGCCAAAUAGGAACUUUUGGCAACAGCUGCAGUUUGUCAUUUCCGUUCAGUUUCACUGCCCGCUAACGACAGUAAUUAAUUUGAGAACAACUUGCUAGUGUUCUGUUUGAUAUUUAAAUACCGUCUGUGAAUACGUAUACUCUGUCAGGAAAAAUCUAAAUCGAAGUGAAGUUACUCCGAUACCUUUUUCUUUUUUUUUUUCUUUUCUUUUUUUUUUCAGCAAAGUCAGGAUGGCUUUGUCUGAAUUCCAAAGUACACGUCACGUGUACGUAGUACAUACUACUUUAUGAGUGAAGCAGCUCUGGUAACUCGGUGGUUGAGUUGCUUUGUCAGGACCUUAUCACGUUCAGACCUUCCCCCAGCCCUGUUCUCUGCAGAGAUAAUGGGCCGCAGGGUCACCAGUGUGUCUUCUAAUCACUGUUAAUGGGUACUUGACAUCCAGUGUUGUCCAUCCAUUGUUUGCUAAAUAACAAAGGUUGAUUUCUUUUUUUUUUCUUUUUUUUUUUUGAGUGUGUGAAACUGUGCCCUCUAUUUCCGUUUUCAUACAAAGGGGCCCAGCUUUUCCUACUUGCCUGUGGAUUCGCCCUUUUUCAUGCUUCUUCCAGUGUUGAAAACUAUGGCUAUAUUUUUAACUGCAUUUAUCUUCCAGGGCCAGUCGGUCUCCUCUCAGCGUGAUUAUGUGGGUUGUUGUGAUAAGUCAGAACAGAAGUGGGUCAAAAUGCAUUCACUUACUUCACUGAGGUACAUGUUCUCCUAUGGUUGCCCAGUAGUUCCCUGUGCUGGAGUUGCAGCUUUGCCAUGCCAUUUCUUUGAGUCUUUAACCUCUUUUAGACAUAUUUGAGAAGCACACAAAUGUGCUCACUGAGCAAAUAAUACUUUAAGUUUAAAGAGAAAAUCCAUGAUUAAAGAACCACACGUUUGCACAUAAUACUGUGGUGAGCCGCUACAGAAAUUUAUAUAGAAGCAGGUAUAUGCAAAAUUGUAUGACUUUUUGUCGAUAAAAAUUCAUUUAUUAGAAAUGUUAACUUUAUCAAAUUUGAGUGUUAUUAGCUAAAAGUGUGAGAAUAUAUAGAAAAAAAGGAAGAAAAAAAACGUAUCUAAUCCCUUCCAACCCACAUUUUGAGUUGGCAAUUGUGCAAAAAGUAACUGAAAGCAUUUUGAUUUGCCGUUGGGCGGAGCAUAGCUCUCACCUGUACAGGUGCUGCCGUAACAACUGUCUCUCAGCACCAACGAGGACCUAUUUGUACAUAAUCAAUUGUAUUUGUGUUCCAUUUUUCCAAGUACUCAAGUGCUUCCCAUGAUGACACUUUAUUAACAAACGCGUGAGAUCGUGUUAAUGGAUGAGUUUAGUAAAACCUGCUGGUUAGUCUUGGACUGUGGAUAAUUUAUCUGGGUACUUGUCGGUGUACAGUUAACUGUCUAGGAUUAAACGUUUGGGGCUUUUUUUCACACUUUUCUUUUGUUUUGUAGCGUAUUGCCAUCUGCAAUUCCAAUAUGUAAAAGGAAUACACCAACAUUGUGGGAAUUGGCUAAUUUCCCGUCAACCUUAAAGUUGAAUAUGAGUGAAAAUCCUCCACUCUCUUCACUCGUCAAGCGCUAACCAUCAAACAGCAAGUUUGUGGCUCAUGUGGGACAAAGUUUUGUUUCCGUUCCUCGACUGGCCACUAGAGACCGGCUGCAAAAGCGAGUCAGUCUCUAUUGACUUCCAUGUUAAAAUGUCCUACUUUAGAGCAAAAAAAAAACAUAUUUAACGGCUUGUUCCAAAAACCAUUUUGGUCUCAAUCAUUUGAUUUCAUACCCAUGACAACUCUUGGGGGGUGAUUUUUUUUUUUUUUUAGUACCACGCCAGGAGAGUUUAUAUUAAGCAAUAAAUUCCUUUCUAAUAUGAUUGAUUGGCAUUCGGCUCAGCCAAUCCCUGGCCAUUAUCACUUCCUCAUCCGUAAUCAUCAUGCUACCGGGCUUAGGUAAGCUACCAGCCAUUCAUAUUGACCCACAUGCUUAAAUGCGAUGGUAAUAUUUCGGCGGGUAACCGAUAAGUCAUGCAACCAAAUGAUUUGACCAUUGAUUUUUACAGUCUAUGUUCCUCUACGAAGCUCCAGCUGAGCUUAGCGUAGUGACUGGAAGUGACUGCCACACCGAGCCUAAGUGACAAAAUACACGUUCAAAUAAAUUCAAAGUGUUCCCGUUUACUUGUCGUGACUUGUGCAUUUACCCUACGUGGAAUUAAAAGGAAAUUUAGAAAUCUUAUAAACUGAUACAUACAACAAACUACGGUAUAUUUUCAUUUUGGUUAAGUGCCAUGGUCGGGCACAGUGAUUGUAGGCGGUACCCCCACAACCCUGUUGUUCCCUCCAUCAACAACAUGGACAACUACGUCUGACACAGUGAGGACUACAGGUGAUGAUGAUUACUUCAGGUCAAGCCAUUUAGAGCCAUGUCUUUUUGAGCCGGAUUACUCAGAGGAAAAUCAACGGUUUUUGUUAGCUGAGAGCUAAACGGGACAUACGUUUCAUAUGUCCUGUACGCUUCAGUUUUUAUUUUCUUCUGUGUAUCUAUGCAUCGGUUUCUUCCAAUACUGCCAGAUCUAAGUCCACUGUACAACCUGCGCAGAAAACAUUGGUAGUUUCUCAGUCGAGUGAAAUGUUUACGUUCAGCCACGUUGCCUGGGUGUGUUAGUCCAUCAAUGAGAAGUUCAGUUGAAUUAAUUUUCAGUUGGAAUAAGAUGUUUACAUGUAUUUUAUACCUUUUUUGAUUUCAGUAGCGCUAAUGCAAUAAUUCAUUUUCUGAUAUGGAAGUACUUGUGUGUACCCAUGUGGUGGUACUUUGGCAAAAUAUAGUUCCUGAUAUGUAUGUUUUCACAGUAUUGGGUUAUUUCUACACAAGAUAAAUGUACAACUCACAUCAUGUAAUUAUAAAGUUGUUUGGAAGUUUAUUUUUAGGCUAAAAGUGUGGCAAUUAACUUCCAGAGACUGUGCUAAGUAAUGCUAUGGGGCUUUUUCGUGGAGGAGUCAUCGGAUCCUCAGAGAAGAUCGUGGCGCACACACACCCUCUUAUCAAACUCUCAGCUUUAUGGCAAAUAAGCCAAUUCCUAAAAUGUUGACGUAUCAAAGUCGACAAACAAUGGUAAAAGAUCAACAGAUACACUAGUUUAAUUCCAGGCUACCUAAAGGUGAUAAGAGUGUUUGAGUGAGAUGGCGCUCUGUCUUAAGGUUUAGGGUUGAAAAAUGUGUUAAGAUGCUAUUCCGUACAACAAAAAUGGAAACCAAGCUCAGUUCUGCUGUUAAAUUUGGACCCUUCCUCCGAUCAUAUUUUUAAUACACUUUUUAAUGUUCCCCAGUUUUUUAAUUUAUUUAUAUGACUAUUUGAGAUACUAAAAGUCUUUUAUAUUUGUGAAAGUGUUCCUGGGAACUCAAGUAAAACAUAUCCCUGGUCAGAUGGCCCGUCAGCCAGAACACUAUUGUCGUUAUCCGAUCCAAGCUGUGGCCGGUGUUGAAUGUCUGGGCAAAAUAAGAAAAUAAUACCUUGUGGGAUUUUGGUGUUUUUUUUUUGUUUUUUUUUAAUUAUUAUUAUUAUUAUUACCGUAUUCAGACUUGCUGCAGUUUGAUUAGGUUGAAUAAAUUUCUCAUCAAAAUAAUGUAAUAACUGUUUUUAAAAAGAUAAAAAAAAAGGUUUUAUAUCCCAAGCUUUUAUUAAAGGAUUGAAAGUGGAUCUGUGUUAUUUGUAAAUCAAAGAUGCAGCUUUUGAAUUGUGAGGAAAGUCCCCACUGCUGAUGAAUGUUUUAUUUUGUAUACUAUACUUGCCAGUAUUGCAAGUAUCUGUUGAAUGUUUUCUGUUGAAGAAGCUCAUGAUCAUGGAUGUCUGAUGUGAUAUUUUUGUAUCGCUGAAGAAAAGCAAAAGCCUUUUCUUUGGAUCUAAAGUGUCUCACAUGGAAGCUUCCAUUAUAUAUAUUUUGUAAACUAUAGACGUUAUGCUUAAAUUUGACAAAAAUGCAUUUGUAAAUGACCCUUUUACAGUGAAAAUAUAAACUGAAAUGUGUCUUGUCUGCUUGCCGAGGAAUAUAUGAGAAUAUGAUGCCUUUGUGCUAAUGAUUGUAUUUCCCAGCAGCCUUCCUCACCGAUGCUGCUCCACCUCUUCUGUCCGGGAUGAAAUAUCUCAACUUUUUGAGGAGCGUCUGUGGUGAUUUCCUGUGUUUCUCCUUGUAGUGCCACCAGUAGCCAGUAGUUUUUAUAUUGACCCUGAAGUUUAGUUACAGAUAAACACAAUCCCCUCUGUAUAUCAACAGAAAAUGGUUCCUCAGAACUUUUAAAAGACGAUUUUGGGCCUUGACUCACCUGUAGAGGUAAGCAAAUGAAACCAAAGGAAAGAAUGAGAAUUUGAGCUCCUCUAUGCCUCGUGCCUCGAAAAAAAAAAAAGGAAUGUGAAAGUAAAAAAUAAAUAUUUGAUAGUAGAUGAUUCAAUGUUUUUGCUGCAUCGUUGCAACCUCACUUUAAAAAUUGUUGGCACAUUAUAUAGCGACAAUAGAC